AGUGAGGGGAAUCUUUCAGUCCAACCAUCUAAGUAACCUGAACCAGAGAAAAAACAAGACUACCAUGUCCAGCCAGCAGAAUGCUAUAAUAUGCUAUGAUGACUGGAAUCCUUGUUAACCAAUUCCAGCAACCUCCUAUCACCUCUCCGUUGAGACCAGCAUGAAGGUCGAAGCUCACACCACCUCUGCAGACUCAUUUCAUCCCUCCCCUGCCUACGGUCACCUGUGUGGUUGCCCGGGCCAGAAACAAAUACCCAAAUGCAGCAUUUGAGAGAUUUCUACUUGUCUGUUGCCUCCUCGAGAACAGCACGUAACUGCAAUGCAGCCUGUACAGGAGGACGGAGGGAAGGAAAAGCCAGAGCCAGGUCUUGAGCUGAGGAGGGCAGAGUCUUGCGGAGGGCCCUCAGGACUGGGUGAUGCUGUGAGGGAGCAUGAAUCCCGUGUCCCUGAGGAUCCUGAGCGCUACUCGGCCAUUGGGUCGGAUCACCAGCGAAUGACACUGGCGUGACAUCGGAAGAUCUCCUAAUUAUCCUUCCCCUGCUUGGCAUCCCCCGAGGGUUGUAGUUUCGGAGCGCUCCCUCGAUCCGGACUCCAUCUUCAUAGCAUGCCCAGCGGCCGCUUCUAGUGAUACGCUGCCAGGCUGGCUUGACGAGGAGGGUUCCCGCCCCAGGUCUGUGCGGCCUUUGAAGACCCUUGGCGGGUGCCUGUUGCUGAAGCCAGUGGUUUCUGUGGGGUGGGUCAUGGAGGAAUGCACGAUUUUAUUAAACCUCAACCCCAAGCUUGCAAGUCGGAGUCCAGUUAGUUCGACCUGUUCACGACCCGGUGGGUUCAGACUGCAGUCCUUUUCCAGGGAGCCGUCCACAUGGUAUUGGGAACGCAUGACGAGGAGGGUGUGCCCUGUGGCCUUGACUCUGCAGUGGUCCAGCCUGGAAGCCAGCUCUUCUCCAGAUUCCACGUUCCUCUUCCUUAGGUUGUUCAGAGACAGUGGUUCUUGCCUGUCCCGGUCGGGGUCCCAGACGCUGAGGCUCGGCCGCGUGCCCCACGCCCAGGCCCGCGGCUCGGCUGCGCGCGGCUUCCCCACUGUGCCAGCGAAGCAGAACCCCGGGACCAAGCCCCUGGCCAGCCCGCAGACUGCCAACCUCAGCACCUGCUGGAUCCCGGGGCCGCCCGCUCCCGCUCAGGUCCCAGGCGCUCAAUGCCUGGCAGGCGCGCCGCCUCUGGAUAUGCUUUUAAAUAACAGAGUUGGGCCGGGCGCAGUUGCUCAAGCCUACCUGUAAUUCCAGCCAUACAGGAGCUCCACACCAGCCUGGGCAACAUAGCGAGACUAUAAAAAUGAAGAUAAAAUAAAUUGGAGUGUGGUGGCACGUCCGUGUCAUCCCAGCUACUAAGGAGGCUCAGGUGGGAGAAUGGCUUGAGCCUGGGAGUCCAAGGCUGUAGUGAUCUAUGAUGGCGCCUCUGCACUCCAGCCUGGGCGACAGAGCAAGACUCUAUCUCAAUAACAUUGGCCUGUCAGGGCCCAAGGUGGAAAAGCAAGCGGGGAGUGAUUGGCUUCAUGACUCUGUCACUUCUCCCCUGCCCUCCUUCCCAGGUCCCUGACAAGGGAAAAUGAUGGAAAUUAGUUGAGGUUGAGGGGAAAAGAAGAUGGAACAGAAAUAGAAGACUUGAAGAGGACUCCUUGGAGAAGUUCACAUGACAUUCUGUUUGACAUAAAAUCAGCAUGUGUCCCAAGUAAAUCAACAACAGCUAUUUUAAAUAGCAGAUUGUAUUUCAAAAUAUCAUUAUGAACCAGGGGAAGAAUUGCAUGGAUGCCUGUGUCUCCAGAUUACAGUGAUGGAACCUAGCAUCUGGACAUUAUGGCCCUGGGCAGACAGAUCUCAGAGUUGGCUGGAAGAUGGUUGUCUAUUUAAUGAAACAGUGAUCUUUAGGGGGAAAUUUUUUUCAUGAUUCAUGGGUUAAAAAUGCCAGCAAAAAAGAAUGAAAGGAAAAAAGGCUCGGUUACAUUCAGAGGAGUCAUGCUUCUGUUGGCUAAAGCUUCUACUCAGAAUCCUGUGCAUUUCUCUAAAUGGGGUAGCAAAGCAGUUUAAUACUAGUCUGUUCACUUCAAAAGUACUCAUACCAAUAAACUAAGUAAGAUUCAGUACCCAUCCCCACAAGAGUUCUUAGAUAACAUGAUGGACUAACUGUAUUACACUGUGUCACUAAGAAAGUGUAGAUUCUGUGACCUACAGGUUGUUCCAGGCACAGGAUGGACCUGGCUGCACUUUUCAGUCUCUCUUGUUGUCCCCCACUGGUUAAAAUUCCUUCGGCAAUGCCAGCAGCACUUCUCCCUGCUCUGAUUUUAGGCCUCAGAGGAGAAUUUAGGCAUUUCCCCUUCACGUCCUAAUAAAUGCUUCUUUGAACAACCUGCUUCCAUGAUGCUGCCAAGUGAGCCUUUCCUGUUGGCACAACCCCACUGAGUUGCAGGGCAACAGCUUCAUCCUGUGGUGGCACAUGCAAAUUUCAGAAUCUCCAUAGCCGGACCAGUGUGCCUGACCCAGGUGGGCACCCAUUUCCUGGAGAGUCUCCUGUCUUAUUUGCAGGCUUGCUGAAGGGUCCAUCAUUACAUUGCAUGACUGAAAGUGCAACUGUCAUGACUCCUGGCUCUCUGCAGGCCUUGUCCAUUGUGCACAAUAUUAUGAGUCCUGUGGUCAGCCUUAGUACCUCAGGGAACUGCUGGACUUGAUCUCAUGCUCUAGAUUCACUAUGGCCUCACCAUGCUGUCUUUAGAUUGACAACUCUAGCAGGCUAGCCUGCUCACAUAUCCAGUCUCUAGGCCCAGGUGCUACCUUCUGUACCUAUACUUCUAGCCUGCAGAGCAACCCCUCCAUAAGCCUCUAAUACCCAGCCAGAGAUAGUACUGUGGGCCCCCUUCUGCUUUGCGACAGGAGUUUGAACGUAUCUCCACUGGUCACAUACCUCCCAAAAAAGUUACUGAAAAACUUCUGUUUCUAUCACUUAUAUCUGAGGUUGUCAAAGUUUUGCCUAUUUUAAAUGAAAAUGUGAAUCCAGAAA